CAUCACCCAUCCAACCCAUCCUCCUCCGCCCACAGGGAAACCAAAGCCCCCCGCUGCGACGCCUUCCUUCCUUAUCCGCUUCCACACCAAACCUUCCACCAUACUGCUACUAUAAACCUAGCCAAGAUCGUUCCCUGCCUCUACUCGGAUUUCCAUUCCAACUUCUGAUUUGAAAUCUUCGAUUUGAUGGCAAUGGAGCGGGAGCGCCAUGGCGGCGUCGGGUGCUUCUCGUGCUGCUUCGGCGGCGGGGACGGGGAGGGGGAAGGGGAAGGGGAGGAGCUGGGGCACCGCGCGGCGAGGGCGCUGCGGACGUCGUCGCGGUGGGUGCGGGACCGCGCCGUGGAGCUGCCGGAGCUGGUGGCGCGGGCGGGGAGGCGGCGGCGGAAGCACCCGCCGCAGCAGCUGGCCGGGGAGUUCCGCUACGACCCCAUCAGCUACGCGCUCAACUUCGAGGACGAGGGGGCCGGCGGGGACGGCGACGGCGAGGCGGAACCGUUCAAGUAUAUGGCGUUCUCCGCGCGGCUGCCGGCGUCCCCGCCGCCGCCGGCGACGGUGCUGGACGUCGACCGGAGUCCUUGAUUUUCUUUUUCUUUUUUAGGGAGCGUUGAAGUGUACAUAUAGGAGAUUAAAUUUUCGAUUUCUUUUUUUAUUUGUUCGGAGCGCUGAUCUGUGUACAGGAGGAUUGAAUCGAUUUUCCGCUGGUUUUUAAACGAGAUUUGCUUUUCUUUUAUAAAUUGACUUGACUUUGGGCAACGCCCUUUUUUAGUAGUAUGUAUCUGAGAAGAAUGUUCUUUCUUGUGUUGGUGUGAUGCCUUGUACAGAAAUGACUGCAGUAGAUUUAGCAAAUUCCAAAGCCAUGGCAUUAUUUUAUUUGUUCCGUUGCAAAAGAUCAAUUUUUCCAUGUUUAAAAUUGGG